AUGUCAAUUUUACCAUUAAGAACGGAAUUGAUACCCUUUCUGAAUCCAUAUCUACCUGCAUCGCCUGUAAAGAAUGGGAAGGUAUCUGUCACUUUAACUUAUGCUCAAUCCAUAGAUGCAAAAAUAUCAAAAGGACCUGGUAUAAGAACUGCGAUAUCACAUGCUGAAACAAAAUCAAUGACACAUUACUUACGAUAUCAUCAUGAUGCAAUAUUGGUUGGCAGUGGAACUGCUCUUGCUGAUGAUCCUGGCUUGAAUUGUAAAUGGGUUCCUGCAAAUAACAAUUACACGAAGUCUUUUGACAACUCUCCAAGACCGAUUAUAUUGGAUACUAAACAAAAAUGGAGCUUUAAAGGUUCAAAGAUGUAUGAUCUAUUUAUGGCAAAGGAAGGUAAAUCACCAAUCGUGAUAGUAACCAAAGCUCCUACUAAAGAAGAAGAAUAUGUUAGCUAUUUGGUAUGCCCGUCUGAUCCCACAACGGGCUAUGUAGAUUGGAAAGAAUUAUUGCAAAGACUGAAUAAUGAAUAUGGAAUAAAUUCUGUAAUGAUAGAAGGAGGUGCAAAUGUUAUUCAACAACUAUUGACAAAGCCAGAUAUAGUUGACAACUUGAUCGUUACUAUUGGUUCGAUAUAUUUAGGGAAAUCCGGAGUGGGAGUCAGCCCUGAUAAUUCUGUUGAACUUACUGACAUUGACUGGUGGAAAGGUACUACAGAUACAAUUAUGUGUGCUCGACUUUCCUCAUAG